AUGGUCGACCGUCCCAAUAAGCCCUCGGCACUUGCCUCAACCCCCGCCGCUCCUCCUCAGCCUACUGUCGACAUCACCCACGACAACUCCCGCGUCAAGGCCAUUCUUCCCACCGGCGAAAGCGUAGAGGUUCUCCUUCAUGGCGCUACCGUGAUCAGCUGGAGGGACGCUUCAGGCGCCGAGAAGCUCUGGGUCAGCGAGGAUGCGGCUCUCGACGGCAGUGCUGCUGUUCGAGGAGGUAUUCCCAUUGUCUUCCCAGUCUUCGGCACUGCUCCCGAUCACGAGCCCGUAGCCAAGCUCCCCCAGCACGGUUUUGCCCGUAACUCGCGAUGGGAGUUCCUCGGAAAGUCCACCAGCGAGGGCUCCAGCUCCAGCGUCAAGCUCGACUUCGGCCUCUCUUCUGAAAGCAUCAGCGAAGACUUUAAGGCUCUCUGGCCAUACAAGUUUGCCCUUAUCUACAGUGUGUCGCUUGACCCUGAAAGUCUCAACACCACCAUUGUUGUCACCAACGACGGUGAUGCCGCGUUCGACUUCCAGACUCUUCUUCACACUUACUUCAAGAUCAGCGACAUUUCCUCCACAGAGGUCACUGGUCUCGAGGACUCUACCUACUUCUCCAAGGUUUCCAGCUCAGAGGAAACCCAGUCCGGAGCCAUCACCUUUUCCGCCGAGACCGACUCCGUCUACACCCCGGCCAAGGGUCCCGGGCACCCCGUUGUUAUCUCCGAGUCCGGAAGCCCUCGUUUCCGCAUUGUCCGCGACAACCUCGACCAGGUUGUUGUCUGGAACCCUUGGGUCGAUAAGUCUGCCAGCAUCAAGGACUUUUCUCCCAAGGAUGGCUGGAAGAACAUGCUCUGUGUUGAGCCCGGUUCCGUUAAGGGCUGGCAAAAGCUUGACAAGGGUGACGCUUUCGAAGCAGCGCAGACUAUCACCCUGGCUUGA